GGGAUAGAUAGAUAGAUAGAUAGAUAGAUAGAUAGAUAGAUAGAUAGAUAGAUAGAUAGAUAGAUAGAUAGAUGGGAGGAGGUACGGAGCUAGAUAAAUGAUGGAAGGAUGGACGGAGAGAAAGACAGGUUAAGUGAGUCAUGAAAAAGAGAAAGGAUGAGUGACAGAGAUAAGGAGUUUGUGGCGUGAAAGCGAUAAACAAAUAGAGAUCACAGAGAGAGAGAGAGAGAGAGAGAGAGAUGGAUUGAUAGAGACACAUUGAGAUAGACUGAGUGAAGGAAAAGGGAAAAGGGGAGGGAGACCAAAGAGUGAGGCAGAAAAAAGAAAAAAAGCGAGAGAGUGAGGCAAAUUGAGUGAUGAGGGAGGAGUUUCAGCGCAAAAGUGUACUGUCAGUUUGGGUGAGAAAGCGGCUCGUGCGGAGCGGAAGCUGUGGCUGACACCCCCGUGCGCUUUUACACUCCGUUAGCCGAGUUGCUCAGUGCCGGGUCCGGACCUGUUUUACUCCUUCUCUCUGUCUCUCUCUCUCUCUCUCAUCCGUUUAUCGUAGUCGGUAGUGUGUUCGCUGUAGUUUUUUUUCUAUUUCCCCCGGUUAACGGUUCUGCGGUGGUCAUGGCGGACGGCGCUCCGUGCGGCAGUGGCAGUGAUGGCGAGGAGAAGGGCGCGCGCCUCCGGGGGUUUGCGCGGCAGGGCGCGCUCCGCCAGAAGAACGUGCACGAGGUGAAGGACCACAAAUUCAUCCCGCGUUUCUUCAAGCAGCCAACCUUCUGCAGCCACUGUACCGACUUCAUCUGGGGUUUCGGGAAACAAGGAUUUCAGUGUCAAGUGUGCUGUUUUGUGGUGCAUAAGCGCUGUCAUGAGUUUGUCACCUUCUCCUGUCCCGGAGCAGAUAAAGGCCCGGCGUCAGAUGACCCACGCAGUAAACACAAGUUUAAGGUCCAUACGUACUCCAGUCCAACAUUCUGCGAUCAUUGUGGCUCCCUGCUGUACGGGCUCAUUCACCAGGGCAUGAGAUGUGAACACUGUAUGAUGAAUAUUCAUAAGCGUUGUGUUGCUAACGUGCCGAGUCUGUGUGGAACCGAUCACACUGAACGCAGGGGACGCAUCCAGAUCACGGCUAACAUCAAGAACAACGUGCUCACCGUAUCCAUCAAGGAAGCAAGAAACUUGGUCCCGAUGGAUCCCAAUGGGCUUUCUGACCCCUACGUGAAGCUCAAACUCAUCCCUGAUCCGAAAAGUGAGAGCAAACAGAAGACCAAGACUAUAAAGUGCUGCCUGAAUCCGACGUGGAACGAGACCUUCACAUUUAAUCUGAAGGAAUCUGAUAAAGACCGUAGGUUAUCAGUGGAGAUAUGGGAUUGGGAUUUGACCAGUAGGAAUGACUUCAUGGGUUCUCUAUCGUUCGGCAUCUCAGAACUGCAGAAACAAAGCGUGGAUGGCUGGUUUAAACUGCUGAGUCAGGAGGAGGGUGAGUACUUUAAUGUUCCUGUCCCACCCGAGGGAGAAGAAGGAAAUGAGGAGCUGAGACAAAAACUUGAGAGAGCUAAAAUAGCUUCUGUUGCUAAGAAGACAGACUCAUCUGUAUCCAAGUUGGACAAUAAUGGAAAUAGAGACCGGAUGAAGCUCUCUGACUUCAACUUCCUCAUGGUGCUUGGAAAAGGGAGCUUUGGCAAGGUAAUGCUUGCUGAGAUGAAGGGAACGGAUGAGUUAUUUGCUAUAAAGAUUCUGAAAAAGGACGUGGUGAUUCAGGACGAUGAUGUGGAGUGUACCAUGGUGGAGAAGAGGGUGUUGGCACUUUCAGGAAAACCUCCUUUCCUCACACAGCUGCAUUCCUGCUUCCAGACCAUGGAUCGUCUGUACUUUGUAAUGGAAUACAUUAACGGAGGAGAUCUGAUGUACCAGAUCCAGCAGGUCGGAAAGUUCAAGGAGCCUCACGCAGUGUUUUACGCUGCGGAGAUUGCCAUAGGCCUGUUCUUCUUGCAUGUGAAAGGCAUAAUAUACAGGGAUCUGAAGUUAGAUAAUGUAAUGCUGGACGCUGAAGGUCACAUUAAGAUCGCUGAUUUCGGGAUGUGUAAGGAGAACAUGUCUGAGGGAGUGACCACCAAAACAUUCUGCGGCACUCCGGAUUACAUUGCUCCUGAGAUCAUUGCGUAUCAGCCGUAUGGGAAGUCGGUAGACUGGUGGGCGUUUGGGGUACUGCUGUAUGAAAUGCUAGCUGGACAGCCCCCAUUUGAUGGAGAAGAUGAAGACGAAUUGUUCCAGUCCAUCAUGGAACAUCACGUGUCAUAUCCCAAAUCAAUGUCUAAGGAAGCAGUGGCCAUCUGUAAAGGACUGAUGACGAAGCACCCCGGAAAACGUCUAGGAUGUGGCCCUGAGGGAGAAAGAGACAUCCGAGAGCAUGGUUUCUUCCGCUACAUGGAUUGGGAGAAGCUUGAGAACAAAGAAGUUCAACCACCAUUCAAACCUAAAGCUAAAAACAGCCGAGAUACAUGCAACUUCGAUCGCGAGUUUACGAAGAUGCCAACGGAGCUCACGCCGACUGAUAAACUCUUCAUCAUGAAUCUGGAUCAAGACGAGUUUCUUGGCUUUUCUUACACAAAUCCUGAAUAUGUCCCCCCAUCUCAGUCAUGAAAAUGAUCUUAGAAAUACCUUUAUGAAGCAUUGAAAUCCUCCUGUAGUGUUCAAUAUUUAGCAAUGUUGCAUCCCAGAAGCUGCCCUGGAACACUCUAGAUUUUAUAGCAAUACAGUUCUCCAUUUUUGGAUCACAACAACUCAGGUUUCUGAGAGCUUGCUAUUACUUCACUCUAAAUUUAUAGUAACUCUAUAAGCUGAGUGAUGCAAUUAAUCAAUGAAGCUAUUAGUGCUAACCUUGGCCAUUAUUCUAAUAGCAUCCCCAGCUCUAAUUAUGGUCACCUUGACCCCACACUAUAAUCACAUACUACUCCUCACCUGCAAUUCUCUGCCCUCGCUGUAUCUUCAUCAUCAUCCAAACCCUGUCCUCAACACCUCUUUGCAUUAACCCCAGUCUAUACCCACCCUUCAUCACACCCCCACCCCUUAAUGUUAACCUGAACAUUACUCUAACACCCCAACUAUUACAACUGUCUCGACUAAUCCAGAUCUAGAACGCCUAAAUCUGUUAACGUUAUCAUUUAUAACUUUCAACACGUAACAAUUGUUUAGUAAUUCUUAUAAAUGACAGCAUGUUGAUAUUAUAUAUUUCAUCAUAUAUAUUUAAAAAAUGCUGUAAUAAUUAUUAAUAUGUGAGGUAGCCUGGGAAACCCCAUGAGUAGCCACUGCAUUCUAAAAAACUAAGUCAUUCUGCCGAAAGAUAUCUAAAACCUUGCUAGCUAAGUGCACCACAAGAUUAUUACUGAUGUUGCAUAAGAAGGUCUGGCACUCAGUGAUCCAAAAGUGCUCAGUUGGGUUGAGGUCAGAGUUCAGGGAACUUGGGUAAUCUUAAAGGUACAACAUACAAAGACAAUCUAGACAAUUGUGUGCUUCCAAAUUUUUGACAAAUGUUUGUAAAAGGCCAACAUACGGUGAAAUGAUGGUCAUGUGUUCACAUAUGAUGCAUUUGGCUAGGGCUCAUAACCAUAAUCUUGAUCAAAGCAUGACAUCCACUCAGUGAGGAAUGCUAGCAAGCUAGCAAUUAAAACACCCAAGCAUUUUUACAGCUGCGUUUGUUAGACUGGCUGCUUUAGUUUUGAGCUGACAUAUGAACUAGGCAGUUAUUUCUCUAUCAAAAGUAUUGGUACAUCCUCCUAUAACAUGGAUUCUAACCUUCUAUUACAGCUGCAUAUCCUAUAAAAUGUCUUAACAACAUGAUCAUGACACAAGAGUGUCUCAAAAUUGUGUCAUUUUAAGGACAGGACCAAGAUGUUGUUUGUAGAGGAUCAGUAGAUCCGCUUAGCAACCAUACAGUAAUUAUAGAAACUAGAGGCCCAUUGGGACAGAAAUUAUGUUGCCCCAUGCUUGGAGGGAGGAGCAGUUGAAAGGACAUGGUUAUUGCUAAUGACAGGGUUGGGCUUGAAAAACACCCACAAUGGCUGCUAAGACCUUGUUUUCUAGCACUGAAAUUAAAUUUCAUGCAAAGAAGGUAAAGUGUAAGAACACACAGUGUGUCUACGAUAUGCAGAAAUAUUUCUAUUUUAAGAUAUAUUGUAAAGAUAUAUGGAAAUGGAGGGAAAGGGAAAUUAUGGAGUGGAUCGUGUCUGCAUCAGAAAUGCAUGUGAAAUAUGUCUGAGAAAAAGAAGAAUUAUUUCAGGGUUAUUUUGAGGAUUUCAGGAUUAUUGAGAUGUAGUUAGGCUGGAAUUGUGGUAUUGAAACCUAUUGAACAAAGGAACAUCCAAAACGUCUUAAAACAAGCUGCUGGAUGACUGUAUGCUGUCAAUUCUCAACUGCCUAUUACGAUGUUACUUUAAAAUUCACUAGAUUGUAGCCUAUAGCGAAAGUUAAGCGUGAUAGUCUAUUGAUUUCAUUUUGUUUGAGGCUAUGUUGUUAUUAAUGUCGUCCUGCCCCAACAAAAUCUUCGAGAGCCAUUGUUGGAGAGGAUGGAACUUUUUUUUUUUUUUUUACAGAUUUACAAAAUAACUAGUGUUUGUUGAUUCGUAAAAGUAUGCCCUUCCGCUAAACUGCAAAAUCUUUUAGCCAUCUCACAAGGCGCUGUUUGUCUCUAUGCCCUACACUGAAUGUCAUAUUACAGUUAAUCUAACAGGGAAUGCAGUAAAUUAAGAAAAAGCGUGACCAACCCCAAACGGGCAAUUUAAAAAACAAAAACAACAACAACACCACGCUCAAUUAUUCAUCCACGGCUCAUUAUUUUUUCCCCCUCUGCAUUUUUGCUCAGUUUGAUCGUGGCACAUCGGGCUGAUGUUUAAUUCACCAUCUUGAAACUCAUUACGUAAGAAAGAUCAUUAUCUCCCUCUGGAAAUGAUAUUGCUGAGUUUUCACAAUCUAUCCACUCAGUACAGAAGCUAAGGAUAUUCGAAAAUCAAUAGAGUCAAUGUCUAUCGAAUUUUUAUACAGUCAAUUUAUUAUAAAAUCGUAUUUUAGCAAGAACUAGACAGACUAAAAGAGGUAGUGAGAGAGAGAGAGAGAGAGAGAGAGAGAGAGAGAGCGAGAGAGCGAGAGAGAGGGACAGGUAGAGGAUUAGGAAAAAUGAAAGUAAGGUAAUGAAAAAAAAAGCAAUUGAAAGAGAAAGGAAGAGAAACAGAUGGUGGGAUUCACAAAAAAGACAGGUGACAGAGGAAGAAAGGGACAGUGUGAGAGGCAGACAGAAAACAAGGCAAGAAUAAAAAAAAAUCAUAUAAAAUGACAGACAAACAGAAUGAGACUGAAAAGAAGAAAAAAACAAUCCCUCAUUCUAACAAACAAGUGCUUUCUGAAUAUUCAGUAGGUUACAUUAGUUUGAAUACUAUCUUGCAGUGCAUUGUGGGAUUUUUCCGAGUACACUGAUUAUUCUUCUGUUCUUCACUAUGCUUUAUUCUAUAACAUAGUUAUGACGCUUCCAGCGUAGUGCACUACGUAGUGCACAGAGAGUGUGUUUGGGGAAAAAAAAAGAUUAAAAUCAUAACUAGAUAAUUAAGAUAUUUCAUUUUUUACAUUUGCAUGACUUCUAUAGAUUCUCUGACAGCUGAGUACACUGCCUGUGUAAAAAUCAAUAAAUAUAUAUAUAUAUAUAUAUACAUAUAUAUAAUAUGAUCAAAUGUAGGUAGAACUGUAUCAUUUUAGCGAUCUUAUAAUUAGAGUCUGGAAUAGAAUGUGUAUCAAUGCUAAACUUUUCUCAUCUUGUAGCAAUUAGUUUCUGAAUAUAAUGUACAUUUCAACCUAUUGUUAUGAUUUCCAAUUCUCCAUGUUUAUUGUUUUUGAGUUUUUUAUGCACUUUGGUAUGUACAUUUGUUGACAUUCUUUGUUUAUUGUCGAGUGAUAUGAUGAUCAUUCACACACCAACCUCCUGAAGACGUAGAGUGGACAUAAAUGGCCCCUAAAAGGUGAAUGUGUGUGUGUGUGUGUGUGAAUAGUAAGAUAAUCUUAAAAAAAUUAAUAAACGCAAUCAAUAUAUUGAUUAACACAAUGAUGUUACUGAUGAAUCAUUUAUAAGCUGUUAAAUGUUUUAUUUCUGGUUGUUAUCAUUUCACUGGUUUUAUUGUAUAUCUGUCAUAUUAUUGGAUAUUUUAUUUGACCUGUCUCAAAGAUCUUAUAAACAUCCUCUUGUUCGAACUGA